CCCAGCAGCAAGCUACUUGCGCCCCUCCCCCUCUUCCGAAGCCUCGCAGUAGCUUCUAGCUCAAGCUCCUCCUCGCUCCACCCGAUGCCUCGUCCACAACAACGCAAUAAAGAGGCAGCACAGCCCCAAGACUGAGCUCACGCAAUCUCUCUCUCUGAGUCUCUGUCUCCUGCCGUUGCCUGCUCGACAACCAGCUCAGCUGUAAAUCUCACUACUUACACUCGUUUGAUUGAUGUUGCAAACCAGACCAACCUGCUGGCUGAUGUGAGCCGGGAUCCCGCCAGGCCACGAUGCUUUCACGCUUGCUCUCUCUCCCUCUUCUCUCUCGCUCGCUCACUCUGGAGGUUGAGCACGUUGUACAGAUGAGGUCACGGAAGUGAGCCAGGGAGGGAGGGCACAACUCAACUUGACUCCAGUCGACUGCACUGACUGUGUUUCGAUCUGUUGUCUGCGGUAUUCACUCAACGCAUGUCGACGCGAUUUCUCUGGGGGAAGGGGGCUGGCUGAGCCUCCUGCUGCGGCUGCUACAGCUCGGCAGGGGAUGGAUGAGAAAGGGGAGAGGAGAGGGGAGGAGACAGUAGAAUCAGCGUAGAGCGAAGGGCGAUCCGCUCUGCAGCAACUAGCAGCUGCAGACCAGACAGACUGCGACACUAUGAGUGCCGCACCAGAUCAGGACGAGUUGAGUUAUGAGUUGUGCCCCGUUGCUCGCUCCCUCGGCUCAAGUACCAGCAAGUACUGCUGUAGACGUAGGAGAAAUAGUAGCAGGGACCCUUCGCAGCCUUCCCGCAGCCUUCCUCUUUAGGCAGCCACGCUAACUUCCACCGCCACCUUCCACCUUACGUCGUCCCUUAUGCUCACCCUCUGUCCCUUUCCUUGUCUUUCUCUGCUUUCCACUACACUAAGCUGGUACCGUAUGUUGUACUCUACUCUACUCUGCCCACCUCAAUCUAUAAUCUACUCUACUCUAUUAUACUCUAUCGCAGUACUGCGCUUUUGUCCUAUCGAUCUGCUCUGCCGGUAGCAGCCAAGGAGGAAAGACGGGAUUAAUGAUGGCUACAGGGGGCACUCGACUGCUAACCAAUUCCUGGAGAUUCAUGUUGCGUAGCCCGGGCCGAUUUUUUGCCUGCAGAUUCUUCUUCACCGGUCGCCCUAGGGGAGGGCGUAGAAGGUCAGAUUCACAGAAAUUCAAAACAAAGGGGACUUUUCAAUAUUAUUCAGGAAAGACUUCUUGACGUCGACAGAUGAGAAGAAUCCCGAUCCCAUGACAUGAAAAGCGUGCGCAAACUUCGCUUCCAUUCGCCGUGUGUGUUAUUUUGUUUUGUGCAUUGCGGUGAAUUCUGGACUUGCGUUCGAGGGGAAAUAGCAAACAGACUUGCGAAAAGGUUGAAGAGAUGGCGUUCCAGUUACCGGGCGAGGUCGACGAUACUACCGACAGGACGAACGAGCAGUAGACGGGAGAAGGGGAUCUAUCAACGACCAUGAC